CUAUUUGCAAGGAGCCUCAAGAGUCAAAGAAUGGGUAAGGGCAACAAAGACGGGACCUCCAAGCAAUUCAGGUGGACAAAACCGAUGGAACAUGUUUUUCUUGAAAUUCUAGCAGAGGAGGCCCAGAAAGGAAAUAAGUCUUCUAAUACUUUCAGAGUAGUUUCUAUUAAUCGAGUUGUCGAAGCUAUUUCUGAAAGAUUCCAAGUCCAAUGCGAUGCGAAGCAUGUGGAAAAUCAUUUGAGGACUGUAAAAAACCAGUGGCAGAUUAUAUGCAAAAUUCGAGGUGAAAGUGGUUUUGGAUGGGAUGAUAACAUGAAAAUGAUCACAUGUGAUAGAGCGACAUAUGAUGCAACAGUGAUGGCACAUAAGAAGUAUGAACCAUUUUUGAAUAAAAGCAUUGAUCAUUAUGAUGAAAUGGCUUUGGUUGUUGGCAAAGAUAUGGCAACAGGGAGUUUUUCCAGAACAUUUGCUGACAUAGAUUUGGAUUAUGGUAACCAAGAUUCAGUACCUGUAGACUGCGACAAUGAAGAGGCUGACGAGGUAAGAACAAAUGUAUCUUCAUCUGGCACAUCCAAACGUAAAAGAAAAAAUGUUCAAGAAAGUGUCGUUGAAGAACAAAUUAAAUUUGUGGGUGAACAACUUGGCAAAAUUGCUAAUGCUUUGGAACAAUUUACUGCGGAUAAGACACCACGGCUUUACGAACAAGUGAUGUCGAUGGAGGAAGAAGGAUUUGAUGAUGACGUCUUGUGUUCUGUGUUUGAUUAUCUAGUGAGUCAUGAAUCCGAGGCCAAACUUUUUUAGUUAAAAGUAAGAAGCAUAAAAAAAUUUGGCUUCAAAAAUUUUCUCAAGGUUGAAUAUAUUGAUACUUUUAUGUGGUGUAAUAUUAGUUAUGCACUUGGACAAUGUUGUUGUUAUUAUGUUGUAUUAGUAUUAAUUAUACAUUUGGAUAAUAUUAUUAAUUUCUAGUAUUAAUUGUGGUU